CCCAGUUUGCCUAAAUCCGUGAAGCAGUUCAGGUGACGCCAAACAGCAGAACACCUUCUCAAGCAUAUAUUGCCUUUUUUGCCUUCCUUGGUGUAUUCCGCUAUAUUUUCCCACCACCGACGUUAUCAUUCUUGCUGCUGACUUUGUUGAUCCUGGGGAUUGACGCAGGAGUGAGUUGCAAGUCAAUUGCUGGGCCUCAGACCUUGUACCUCGUCAAUAUCGAGCUUGAACCUCCCAGAAAAGCUUCGUGGUUACCUGCUCCUCGCACCCCGCCCCCUCCCCUAUGGCGAAACUUCGGUGGCGCCCUCGCUUCUUCCUCCUCGUGGGCGUCGUACUGCUGGCGUCGUGGGCGUUCGUGGAGGAGGCGAACCGCGUGCCGGACAUGCUCAGGCACACGGACCUGUUCGACGACUGGCUGCUGCGGAACCGGAACAACAUCAGCCGCUACGAGAUCAAGAAGCUGGGCCUCGAGGCGGACUCGGAAACAUACCAGCGGUGGCUCGUCUUCAAGCUCCUCGACAGCCUGCGGGAGGGCAACGUCACGGGAAGGAUACGCGACUCGCGGAUCCUUGACGAGUACAAACAGUACCAGAAGUGGCUCUCUGAAAGGACCGAGGGAGCGGGGGAUCCCUCCGGCGCGGCGGAAGGCGAAGGAGGCCACACCGAGGAGCAAGACUACUGGCAGGACCCGCUCGCGGAAGACGAGGAGGACGUGGAGUACGAGGACGAGGACGACGAAGAAGAAUCGAUUGAGCUGCGCCUCCAGAAGCGCCGGAAGAGCAUGCUUACCUCGUGCGCCGCGCGGGAACAGACUUCGGCGACGGAGGUCCUCGCCAGCGUGCGGCCGCGCAUCGGCUUCUUCUUCGACCAAAAGACCUCCGUCUGCGCUGUGGGCAAGGCAGGGUCCUCGUCCUGGAGAGAACACAUCCACAGAGUGAAUGGGAUUCCUCGAGACGUCUUGAUCCCCGACGACCCCCGCGUCAAGGAGUUCUUUGAGCAGCCAGAAGAAGCUCUUUAUGCGAGCAUUAUCUCGUCGGCAAAGAUCAUAAGCGUUAGGCAUCCACUCACGCGCCUGGUGUCCUGUUACCGCAGCAAGUUCGAGCUCGGACGCCCCAUGAAGCCCUACGCGCCCAAGAAGGAGGCGAAGUUCCUGGCGAGCCACAAUGCGCUCGACUGGCCGACGAGGUUCUACACCUACUGGCUUCCCGCGUUACACACACAAACGACAUGAUUCCGGAAGACACGCACGUUCGGCUGAAUCUCUCCGAGCCCAUAAACCCGGCUGUCAAGUACGAUUUAACGGUAUAUGAAGGACUCUAUCGUCUGCUGAAGCCACACGUGUUAUUUUCCCAUUUCUUAAAACACGUUGUUCACACGCACAAGACCGGUACUUGGAACGGACAUU